GGUAGUUAUUUCACCGUGAGAGAGUUGACCGGAGCUUCAACCCGAACCGAAUCCAUACACACAACACUCUCUUUCUCUCCACGAAGCUAGCAAGAAGAGACGAAGAAGUUUUUAAAACUCGAAAUAGAUCUCUUUCAUUUCAUUCCUAAUUCUCUAUCAAAAAUUCAAAUCCCUACCUUUCUAGGGUUUUCGAUUUCAUCCUCAUGUUCUUUUUCUCUGAGCUAAAUUAAUGGCGUCAAUUCGCCGGACACUAUCUCCUGCGUAUCACGAGCGUCACUACAUAAACGGCGCCUUUUCAACGUCGUCUCCGUCUCACAAACUUCCUUCUUCAAACGGAAAUUACUCUGCUCUAACAGCGUCGUUUCAGAGAUUAAUCGGUGGUGUUUUCACGCGCCGUUACAAUCGAAAAGGACAAUGGAGAAAAAUAGCAUACAGGUGCGUGCUUUGUUUCUUCGCUGGAUUUUUACUAGGAAUGUUUCCUUUUGGUAAUCUUGUUCAUGAAAUUCCUCAUCAAAAAAUCAACAACAAUAUUGCUUUUGAUGUAAACAAAACUCCACGCGCCGACGCUAAAUUGAUUAUCGAUGAUCAUGUUCCGGAGAAGCGCGUGGAUGUCACUGUCGGUGAUGAUGAUAAGGGUUUUGUAAUUGAUCCUGUGAGUUUGAGUUUGCGUGUGGACAAUGCUGAGAAGGUGAAGGAUUUGGUUGAACCUGAGAAGUUUGAUUUUGUUGCCAGGAAGCAAUUGAUUGUGGUGACACCGACUUAUAACCGCGCUUUUCAGUCGUAUUUUUUGAAUAGGUUAGGUCAGGUUUUGCGGUUGGUUCCGCCGCCGCUUCUUUGGGUGGUGGUGGAAAUGAAUUCUGCUUCUAUGGAAACUGCUGAAUUGUUGAGGAAAACGGGUGUGAUGUAUAGGCAUUUGGUGUGUACUAAGAACUCAACUGAUGUGAAAGACAGAGGAGUUCAUCAGAGGAAUAGAGCUUUGGAGCAUAUUGAAUAUCAUAAACUUGAUGGGAUUGUUUACUUUGCUGAUGAUGAUAAUGUAUACUCUCUUGAGUUGUUUCAGAAAAUGAGAGAUAUCAGUCGUUUUGGCACUUGGCCUGUCGCCAUGCUUGCACCAAGCAAGAACAAGGCUAUUUUGGAGGGUCCAGUAUGCAAUGGAAGCCAAGUGAUUGGGUGGCAUACAAAUGAGAAAAGUAAAAGACUUCGAAGAUUUCAUGUUGAUAUGUCUGGAUUUGCAUUCAACAGCACAAUCUUGUGGGAUCCAAAGCGAUGGCGACGCCCUACUACAAAUUCUAUUCGGCAAUUAGACUCGGUGAAGGAGGGUUUUCAAGAGACCACCUUUAUAGAACAAUUGGUCGAAGAUGAGAGACAAAUGGACGGUUUGCCUCCUGGUUGUAUGAAAAUAAUGAACUGGCAUCUCCAUUUGGAUGUUCAUAAUGUAGUUUAUCCAAAGGGUUGGAUGCUUAAGAAAAACCUAGAUGCUGUCGUACCCAUCAAGUAAUCCUCCCCUAUUGAGUGUUUGAUAGGUAUGAUCAGAUUUGUAAUGUGGCAUAAAGAAACUUAUUUGUAAUUCUUACGCAAAUGCAAAAUGCCGCUAACAUAUAAUUCUCAUUUUUGUUAAUUGGUACUAUAGAAAAUAUAAUGUCGAUAAAAGAUUGUCUCGUUUUAGGCGUGUUGUAAUUGUAAGAGUUUAAGAAAUUUCCCCCAAAAAAGAGAGAAAUUUCCCCAUUGUUUGGGGCCCUGCAACAACAUGAAAUUCAUGUAGUUGAAGAAAAUUUUAUGGGUUUUAUACCUUUUAAUGGAAGACAAAAUUAACUUA